AGCCGACCCCCCACCAUGUCGAUGGAAGUGAAGGAGAAGACCGAGGUGCGUCUGGUGUUCCUGGGAGCAGCUGGAGUUGGUAAGACCGCCAUCAUCCAGCGCUUCCUCAAAGACACCUUCGAACCAAAGCACCGGCGCACGGUGGAGGAGCUCCACAGGAAGGAGUAUGAGGUGGGGGGCAUGAAAGUCACCAUCAGCAUCAUGGACACCAGUGGCAGCUACUCCUUCCCGGCCAUGCGGAAGCUGUCCAUCCAGAACAGCGACGCCUUCGCCCUGGUCUACGCCGUGGACGACCUCGAGUCCCUGGUGGCCGUGAAGAGCCUGCGAGACGAGAUCCUGGAGGUCAAAGAGGACAAGUUCACUCCUAUCGUGGUGAUAGGCAACAAGAUCGACCGCCAAGGGGACCGACAGGUGUUCAGCAAGGACGUGCUGUCCACCGUGGAGCAGGACUGGAACCACAGCUUCCUGGAGUCCUCGGCCAAAGACAACAUCAACGUGCUGGAGGCGUUCAAGGAGCUGCUGCUGCAGGCCAACCUGCCCAGCUGGCUCAGCCCGGCGCUGUGCCGGAGGCGGGAGACCUUCCCCAAGCAGAGCAACAAGAGACCUCCAAUGAACAAGACCAACAGCUGCAUCAUCUCUUAGUGAUGGAGCAGCAGGACAGACAGAGACUGGGAGGAGAAGAGCUCGACCCACUGGGAGCUGACUGCACAGAAACAAACAGUGUUAAAUGUUUUAAAGACUCCGAGUUGAAGAGCUCUGCUCCCUCGUCAGCACUGGACCACAGAUGCUCUGAUGAGGACGAUCAUGAGAUGAUGAAAACAGAUUCCAGCUCGAGCACCUGAUGGAAUGUGGCUGAGCUGCUGGAGCAGUGACAAUAACCGUGCACAGACGUGACUGAGUGUGAAUGGAGCUGUGAUCAAUGUGUAGAAGCAGAGUUAUGUAUCGUUGGUUUUCACACAAAUCUCUAACUAGGAGGUUUCGUCUUCGGGUUUCUUGUUGCUGGGUGUUUGAAAUUUAAAAAGCACAAUAACUGUGAAGUCCUGGGUUUUUAUGCAAAAGUGAGUUUGUUUCCUUGUAUGAUGAUGUUUUAUGAAACAAGUGAACAUUAAGAGCUUCAGGUGGAAGCUGUUUUUAAUAUAUCAAACAUGAUGCUGUGAAAUGCUGCUUAGCGUAACCUCCUUACGCACGUGUCAACUAUGAUUUUUUAAUACAUACUGUUUAUGUUUCAAUAAAUUCUUUUUUUAAA